AUGAUUGGCAUCGCAAUCCUCGGCGCCGGCAUGUUUGCCCGCGAAGCCCGCGCCGACAUCGCCGCCGUCGUGAUCUGCGUACCCAUCCUGCAGAUCCCAGACUUUGUCCGCAAGGCGCUCAAGGCGGGCAAGCACGUGCUGAGCGAGAAACCCAUCGCGCCCGACGUCGCGCAGGCCAGAGAACUCAUCAAGUUCCACUCGAAGCUGCCAUCGCCGCGGCCGCUCUGGGGCGUCGCCGAAAACUACCGGUUUGACGAGAACGUCGUCAGGACGACGGAGAAGGUCAGAGAGCUGGGCGGGAAGCUCGUGACGUUCCGCCUCGACUGGGCGAUGCUACUCCCCGAGGGCCUCCAGUAUUUCGCUAUUGACUGGCGCAAAGACCCGAAGCACCAAGGCGGGAUGAUUCUGGAAGCAGCAAUCCACCUCGUGGCAGUCUUGCGGUCGCUCCUCGGCGCUGCCGGUGAGAACAUCGCCCAGCUGUCGGCGUUUACGACCCAGCUGCAGAAAUACUUGCCCCCAGUUGAUACAGGCGCGGAGCUCGGCCACAAGUACGACAUCGAGGUGGUGACGACGACCGGAAGCGUCAACUAUUCGUCCAUGGUGACCAAGGUGAUCAGGAAGGGCGCAGACGGAACAAAGGUAGAGGAGUCGCUGCGGAGUGGUAUGGACCCGGGCGUAGGUGCCGAGAUCAAAGCGUUUAGAGAAGGCAUCGCCCACGGUGCCUUGGACGCCCGGCAGUCCCCUCAAGAGGCUUUGAGGGAUCUGCUCGUGAUACAAGCCUUGCUUGAGUCGGGAGAGGCCAAUGGUGCUCUCCAGAUGAUUUCUCAAUGA